AUGUUCAGCCGCAACCACACAGCGGUGCAAGCGCAGCCGACACAGCUCUUCUUUGAGCUGCAAGUGGAGGUGGAGCUCGUAGCUGAACCCGUCGAGAAGGUCGGCAGAGUUGUGAUCAACCGGCUUGUCAUCUGGGCAUGGCGAACUUCCGGGAACAGGAAGGGGCUUACGCUUGAUGCGGCACAGUCCCCAGUCGUUAUCCUAUGUCUUGGGGCGGAUGUUGAGUUGACAUUCUUUUGUCCGCGGGAGCCGGAUGCUCGGCGCACUGCCCACAGGCACAAGGCCAAGUCCUCCAAGAAGGUAGUCGGUACGGGAUACGAGAUCGAUGGGGACUAUCAAGAUGAGAAACAUGCGACGCGUUCGGUCGCAAAGAAGCGGGCAACUGGGCGGAGAGGGCAACAUGCUGAGGAGGCCCUAACGACCACCCUCGUGCAUGGCGAUUUGCUCGUCAUGGAAGGUGUUGUAUUCGAGUACACUUUGAAGAAAACUGGAAUGAGCAUAUUGUUGAUCGGAUCGCAACUUUAA